UCAUUCCAUGAAGUUGUCUUGGUGUUCGCCCUCGAGGUUCGAGGGGCUGGAGCUGUAGUCCAACCGGAACGCCGUGCUCAUCUUGUCGGACUGACACUCUACCAACUUCAAAUUCGCACCUGCAGGCCAGCCACGACACACAUGAGGGAGGGAGGGAGAGAGGGAGGGAGGACACAGUACAGUACACGCACACUCGCCCGCCCCACCAGAGGGAAAACUCCAGUCAGCAUACCUUUCUGAAGUUCCAGAGCGGAUCACGAAAUGACAAGAGACAUCAUCGACAUACACACAAACAGGUCGCGGAAACGGGUGCACAUCCAUCCAUUCGCAGACAGAGUGUGCCUAGCUCGUUGUCCUGGCUGAUUGGUGGGCUGGUUGCUGACCAGGUCGCUGCCCGAUGCGUUCUCGAUAGGAGAAAGACAAAACCACGUGCUGCCUGCACCCAUCCAUCCAUCCAUCCAUCCAUGGAGCAAUCCAAUCCAUCCCGCCCGCUCGUUCUCCCAUUUGCAUGCCCACCGAUCAGCAGCGUCUUUGAGUCUGGUUGCGAGUGUGUGCCGGUCCGGGGAAUGGCCGUACCAGAAACCCCACACCUGCACACACGCAUGACGCAUGACGGAUGGAUGGGACACAGAUGGCCCGCCCGGGCCACGUCGUGUCUCGAUGAAACCGAUACAUAUAUAAUGCAAAGGUACAUACAUACCUGGUUGAAUCUCCUGAAUACAUGCAUCCAUGCCCCAUGUCGGCCGGACAGCCAAGCCAACAAAAGGGUGAUUUUCGUGUGUGUCUCGCCAUUUGUCAUUGUGUAUGUCAUUGUGUGAGUUCGCUUACACUUCCUUGAAUGGUGCUGGUGGUUCGUUGAGGAGCCAGGUGGGGUUAGAGGUGGUCUCGUCCUGGGUGUUGCACGGCAUGACCCUCAUGCUGCAUGACUCCUGACCCCUACACACGUGUACACAGCCAACAAAUCAACAAACAACCCAGACAAGAGACAGAUAAAGACACCGUCCGUCGAGAGUGCCAAGACGGUGUGGGGUGGCGCGUGUGGCGCUCUUGUUGUCUGUGUGUGCCUGCAUCUGGCGGCGUCGAUGCAAGUAUUGGCUUCGGGGGCCGGGGGGCUCUCGUCGCUCUCAGACACCUUGCUCAACGAAUACGAUAGACACUUGUUCAUCUCUGGUCGCACGCACAAGCAGGGUGAAUAAAUCACUCAACCGUGUGCGCGUGUGUGUCGCCCACCAUGGCAUAGAUGGGGUGUGUAUGUGUGUGUGUGUGUGUGAGUGUGUGAGUGUAGAGUACUGACUGUCGAGAGUUUCGACUCUUCUGAGCUGUCCCAGGUUGGGCAUCCAAGCGAAGGUCUGCGACAGCUGACCCGACUGACACGGCUCCAACACCGCAUCCUACAUAGACGCCACGCCAAGCCACGCAAACAGCCAAGUUGGCCCCCUCAUGAGUUGCAAGGAGGGCGUCAUAAAAUGUGUCGUCGGUUUCCCACCGACCCACCGCGGCGUCUCUGCCAUUUUGGUCGCUGCGAUUGUCCGUCACACACCAUUUGCGGCCGCCAAAAGUAAGGGCCACACGAACCACUAGGUGCAUCCAUCCGGCCAGCCAGCCAUCACACACACAUGCCAUCCCAUCCAGACCAAAGACGUGUUCCUGUCGGUAUAUACGUAUGGUGGAGGAGAGGAAGUCUGCGUUGUAGGUGUCAGGUCGUAUGAAUGGCGUGGGGUCGGCAGCCAACAGGUAGCUCCCACUCGUACCCUUGACAUACGAAAAGUGACCUGAUAAUAAUGAGAUGAUGAGAUAGAUGAAUGAACCCUUGACAGACCAUUUAUUCUAUCAACCAACCACACAGCCACAACACAACCACCCAGGCAGCCAGCCAGCCAGCCGCGCACAAGAGAGACAUGGUGUAUAUGUGAUACGUAUGUACGUAUGCAUGUGCUGUGUCUUUGCCUGCCUGCCUGCCUGUCUGCCCCAGCCCCCGUCCGUCGAGCGGCUCACCGACCGGGUGCGAGUUGCACUCUGUUGCUGUCGAAGUGCUGCUCCGAAUCCCACACCUUCUCGGCGGGGUCAUACAACCACUGCACACACCAGACAGUCAGGCAGGCAAGCAGGGAGGGAGGGAGAGAGGGAGAUAAUCAGGCAUGCAUGGCAUGGCAUGCAUGACAGGCACAUACAUACAUACGGCGACCCGACCAGCCACCCCACCCGUUUGUUUACUUACCUUUGAGAGGCCAGUGAGGUCAUUGGAUAUCUCUGCAGCCGGCCAGGCAGGACACACAUGAAGCGAAGCGAUGCAUUGAGGAUGAAACGAUUCGUUCUUGUCGCCCUGGCUGCGGUGUGUGUGGUGUAGGUACUUUGUUCGUUGCCGGCAUCAUUUUCUGAAGCGACUCUGGUGACAGCGACUUUGGUGAUGUUGAUGCCGCUGCCGUCGACGAUUGUCUGGCUGCCCUUAGACAGCUGCUUGGCAGCCACCUCCAGCCGAAAGGGCUUUGACUGAGAGGCCAGCUGCUUCAAUUGCGCCCCGGUGUUCUGCGUCGUCUCAAAUCCUACCGUGCAUCCUGGACUCACAGUAUACAUACGCCACACACGUGAAGUGUACAUAUAACUAUCUAGUAGACCUUGUACGUACAAGGUGUGAUUGAUGCGAAUGAAUGUUGUGAGGGUGUUUGUAUGCACAGUUCACGUGUGUGUAUCAGGCUGCCUGCCUCAAGUAAGUGGUUUGGGUGCUGGCUGACCAGGGUAUACGGUGAGAGUGAUGGUUGAUUUGAAGCAGAGGGGCGGCAGGUCAGCGCAGUUCUGGUCCUCAUCCUGUUCGGGGUUCUUGCUGCCCGGCACCCAGAUACCCGGACCAAACUCAUACACACUCGAGUCGCUCCGAACCUCAACUAGUCACACACACACAUAUAUACAGCAGUGCAUGCAGACACUUCACAGUCAGUCAGCCCCCAUUCAAUGGGGUGUGGUGUGUGGCUGUGUGUCUCCCUCCCUUAGCGUACGUACGUACCGCAGUGUGGGAGUGCGACCUUAGGUCCGCCGACUGAGUCCUUGACUGGUACGCCCCUCUGGCCGCAGUCGAAUGGCGGGCUGCCCUUUGGCUCGGCCUCAAGGGGGAUCUUGAGCACCUUGGUCAACAACCCUGGUUGGCACUCGGGCGUGCUGGCAUGUCAGAACCCGGUAUCUGAAUCGCUGAUGGCAAAGCAAGCCACACAGACAGGUACAAACAAUACAUACAGCGAGGAAGGAAUGAAGGAAGACUCAGUGACGACGGCAAUGUAUGAUGACAGUGCAGUGAGGCAGUGCUCCUCGAGUGACUGCAUUCCCUGAGGUAGGUAGGUAUCUGGCCCACAGACUUCAAAAGCGUUGUCUUUGACGUUCAUUCUCUGGUAGUCGGUGACGAGGUCCUGCGGCUCGUCGUCUCCCCUCAUGCGAUGAUAGUGACCGCUGUGCAGCCGAACCAAACGCCCCUGGCUGCUGGUGCCACUCGCAAGGGCCACCUGCCCAUACGAUGACACGUCCACCUCAAUCGCCGCACUGAGGCUCACAACGGACCAUGCGAUGUAGGCCAACGACACGCAAGAGAACAUGGCGGACGUAGGGGAGGGGGCGGAGGGAAUAGGGCCCCGAAUUGUUGUAAACUUUGACGCACUCAUGACCUGGGCCACGUGGUGCCCCUCAUAUAUUCAUUGAUUGCAUAGCAGGAAGGUGCCUGCAGUCAUCUCACUCCAAGUUCUCUUUUUCCCCCGUCUCCCCGCCGCCGCCGAGAUCUGGAUGCACGACUGAAUGGGGUGGCCAGCCCCAACCCGACCCCGCCGCACCACCACUUGGUACAGCGGCUCCUCGUGAAUGCGGGGCGAUCCAGUGCUGACGUCACCACUAGGAGACGCAGCAGGGCUGGUGCUGGGUGGGACAGCCGCUGCUGCAACGGGCGCUCCUGAAGCUUGCGGUGUGGUGUCGGGUGUCUCUUGAACUACCGCGGCAUCUGGCAACCAGCACAAUGCCAUCAAUCACUGCAGGAAUGAAUGUUUGUGGGGAUGGAUGGAUGGCGUGACAGAUAAGCAACUCACGUGGUGUAGGCUCGGCUGCUGCGUGUGGCUCGGCGUACUGAUCCAGCUGCACGUGCGCAUCGUCAACGUCCUUGAGAGCCCCCUGCAGUGAAUGAAGUGUCGCAGGCAAGGGCACAGCCAGGGAAGGGACGGAUGGUCGAAGUGCAGCCAGGCUGCAUAGAUCAGCACCUGGAUGACUUGAAGCAUCGAUGCGGCGUGCCUCCGCACAGCAGCGGGGGUCGGCUUGAUGGCAGUCAUCAGCUCGGCGCUGCUGGACGGGGCCUGAUCACACACAUACACGCACACAUACGCACGAGCAUGCACGCAACAGCAAUACGCACAUCCAACCAGCUAGUAUGUAUGUAUGUAUGUAUGUGCUUUGCUCUGAGCGACUGGUUACCGACCACUUUGGCUAUCCUGAAGAGUUGGUGGUCCUGCAGAAUGGCGUGGGGCUGGUCGUCCUCCGCCCUCGCCAUCUCGUCACGCCAUCGCACCAGCGCAAACUGCACAACACACACACACACGCACCGACACGACACAGAUGUCAGUCAGUCGACCAACUGAUGAAUCGAUACAUACAUACGCAUGUGUCCGUCCGCACACCCAAGCCAAGCCAAGCACCCUUCCGACCGCCCGACCGACCGACCAGUGUGAGGUAUGACUGCAUCGACAAGCCUCCGAAAUGCGAGGGGCCCUUGUUGGUGGAGGGCGCCGUGGGCAAGCGAGACAGCAUGCGAGCAACAUCACGACUAGGGUCAGCCGCCUCGUCAACAUACGAACUACCAGUACACACCCACACAACCCACGUGACACGCGCCUCGGUGCGAUGUCUGUCUGUCUGUGGGUGCGUGGUGGCCUGGCUGGCUGGCUGGCUGGCUGGCUGACUUGGCAGCGAUGUCACAGCUCCUGAUGAGUGUCUGUGAGAGGAGGGUCCUCGGUGCGGCCUUGUCCUCCACCGCCCGCUGGAUGAGCUCAUUUUUGAGGACGGAGAAUAUGUAGAUGAGGUAGUGGGUGUCCCCACGCGCAUACUCUACCAUUGAUGGGGUCAGAGGCCUGUUGGCCAACGCAACCCAACGCAACGCAGACAGAUAGACAGACAGACACGUGGGCGGCCACAGUAUACGCAAUGCAAUGCAAUGCAUCCAUUGCAGGCACCCUCCACCAAUCAAUCUAUGUCGCGUGUGUGUGUGCCUGGCUAAUUCAUUCACCUCCUUCGCCAGUCGGCGAGUUGGUGUGACUUGUCGGCCUUGACGCGACAGUAAAACUGGAGCAGAUUCGCCAACGAGUAGCCUCCGGGCAGCUGCAGUACCCUGACCAAGACAAACACACACGCCACACAGCAGUGUGUGUCUUCCUUGUCGAUAGAUGUGCCUGACUGACUGAUACACAUACAUACGCGCUAGAUAGAAACAGGCGGACACGUAGACGCCCCGACCUCAGUCAGUAGUGUAAGUCACCUGGCGGCCUGUCCGGUGUCGAACAUGUUGACUACAUAGACGCUGAAGUCACGCUGCAGCCACAGGACGUCGUUGUCGGCCCCAUGGAACUGCACAAGGGAGGUAGGUACACUCCACACCACACCACAGGACAGGCAGGCAUCCAUUUAUCCAUCCAUUGAGUGAGACAGACAGGCAUUCAGUGAGGCUCUCUCCCUCCCUCCUGGCUUCUCAUACGUACACUAAGUACAUGCAAUGCAAUGCAACCAUACAUACCAUACACACACUGACUGGCUGACCACUUUGAGUAUUGCAGGGUCUGCAGUGACCUCGUUGAGGGCGUGCACCUCCUCGAACAUAUCGAAUGGGUCGAUGAUGUAGUCACGAUCACUGCGUCAGUGACGCCCACACACACACACACAACCAGACACACGCACAGCUGGCUGACGGGGGGGGGCUGGGUUAACUCUUCGUUCGUGUGCCUGUCUUGUCUCUUCUGUCUGUCAGAGUGUCUGGCUGGUGUUGUUUGGUUGGUGGCUUACGUGGUGGAUAUCUGUAUGAGGCACGUGUAGCCACGGAAGGUCUGACGAGUCUGCAGUCAUCCAUCCAUCCAUCCAUCCAUGAGUGAUUGUACAGGUACGCACAUUUGCAUGCCAGCCAUACCACCAACAUGGAUGGAGUGAGCCGUGCAUGUGACUAUCUAUGGUUGGCUCCCUGCCCUCCCGGCAUGCCCUGUGUGCGACGUGGCCAUGCUUACUGUGUGCUCCAGGUCGACAGAUAUGAUCUUGGGCACCGCUGACACACGCGCACACACAAAGACACAUGUCCCCGGGAGUCACACAGUCCCUGUCGCUCUCCCUUGCUCGUGUCUGUCGGUCAAGUUUCUCCCUCCCACACUGACUGACUGACCGGUUUUGAUGUCUUGUAUCAUGUCCUUGAGUUCAUCCUCGUUGGUCACAAACACCAGCGGCGUCGCGUCCAGCGGCUUGGCCACGUGCAAACCAUCCUCCCCCUCCCGCAGCAGCUCCUCGUGGACUUUGACAUCUGCCGGCCCCUCACCACCCCCGGCGCUCUGUCUGCCCUGCCACCUCAUAUAGCUCUUCUUGAGCUCCUCGACCUCCACCUCAUAUGGAUGCGGCAAGGCCACACCACCCCCAGGCCGACUGGUGGCCUGGGGGGGACCGACGCCAUCCUUCUGUGCGGCACAGUCUUGCGGCGGCCAUGUGUUUGCUUCCCUCUGGGCGUCGAGGAUGGCAGGCUGCAAGGGUGCAGUCGCGUGGUGCUUGAACAGCAGACGUGGCACGAAGCGAGGCCUGUAGUUGUCUAUCAGAGGGCUCCAUGCCUGCUGCGGACGGUUGUCCCUCCGGUCAACAGCUUGCUGGGAUGCCGGCACACCGCCAUCGGAACCAGCCCCCACUCGCAUGCCGCCUGAUGGAGAGGAGAGAGGCAGGUUCCCCUCUCUCUUAUCCUCUGGCAUGUUUGGUGGAGCAGGUGCGGGUGGGGUCAUGGGGUGGUCUUCCAGGGCGUCGAUCCUGUCGAGCACCUCAUCAAGGCCGUCGGUCACCAUGCUGUACUGGCCAUCACCACGGGUAGCGGCACCAGCAGUGGAAGUGGCAGUCGGGGCCGCGAACGACACAAACCGACUGCAGGGGUGGAGAAAGGGAGGCACACACAGAGAGAUAUAUCGUUGGCCUGCAGGCAUCCAUUAAUGCCGCCUGCGCUGCACUCACCGCAGGAACUGUUCGAUGGAGGUGGUCGCCUCGUGCAACCCCGACACCAGCCGCAUAUCACCAUCUGCCAAACAUUCACUCACUUGUGGUGUGGUCGUCAUCCAUACACAAACCUGCCUAGCAAUGCAGUCACAUCACAUCUCUCUCUGACCGUCCUGGAUGGCAUUGACACUCCUGACGGCAGCUGCAUCAAUCAACCAGUGACAUCCAUCCAUCCAUCGAUGCAGGCAGGCAGCCAACAUGAAUGAGUUAAGCAUCCAAUGGCAUCCAUCCCUCCUUGCUGGGCUGCCAAGCCCACCUGCGAGUCGUUUGGUCAGCCCGUCAGCGAAGGAGCCCUCCUCACCUCCCUCGUCCAGCACAGAGAUGCAUCGACUACCGCUCAU